CAAUAAUUACAGCUCUCUCUCUCUUUUCCAUUUUCUUCAUCGCUCAAGUCUCGAAAUCUCCGCACUGUUUCAACAAUGGCGAGGGGCACAUCGCAAUCCCAAUCAUCCUCCUCCUCCAACACCCGCCCCGGCCCAGUCGCCGGCAUGGCUCCCCGCGGCUCCGCCGCCGCCACCGCCGGUAUGCGUCGCCGCCGCCUCGGCUCCUCCUCCUCCUCCUCCGCUGGUGGCUCCGCUGGAUUCAACGGCGGCGGCACCGGAAGCAACGUCCUCAGGUUCUACACCGACGACGCCCCAGGCCUCAAGAUCAGCCCGACCGUCGUCCUCGUCAUGAGCCUCUGCUUCAUCGGCUUCGUCACCGCUCUCCACGUCUUCGGCAAGCUCUACCGCUACCGAUCUGGUGCUCCCGGAGCUUGAUUGAUUACUCUGACCUCGAUCGUCCGAGUUCGGAUCCCUCGGUAAUUGGUGAUUGUGGUGUGCCUCUGCCAAAGUGAAGGUGUGGAGGAUCUUUUGGAGCACAAGGCUCAAUUAUUUAUUUGUUUUGUUUUCUUUGCAAGCCAAGGGUUAUCUAUGUAUGGGUUUGAAAAUCACUUUGUUGUAAUCGGGCAAAGCCUUGGAACUUGUAGCCGUUAAGACAUUAAUUUGUAUUUUGUUGCUUUAACUUGUUAUUAUUACAUGCUAUAAAAUUUAUAUAUUAAGGAUAAUGAACGUAUUAAUGCAAA